ACUCAAGACUCCCGAGAACAUCACCAUGGACAGCAAGGCAACUUUGAUUCUCUUGGCGUUCGGUUUGGUUUGCGUGCUCCAGGUGAACCCAGCGCAGGCAACCAACACACAUGUGCGCCAGCUUCUGCAGGCCUUCAGGAAAAUUGACCUGGACACCACCAAGAAGAGUUUCUACAUCCACAACGUAAAAUACGGCAUUCAGGUCCAUCUCCGGGAACCACUCAUGAAGGUAGUUGGCGCUUUUCCGGAAUCGGCAAAGCUCUCGGACGCAUGUUUGUCGCGCAUGGUGAAGGAGGUGGAUGAAAUCGAACUCACUUUCUACGCCAAGUUCAGCUACCACUGCGUAGAUCAUCCGCAGUACUCGGUCGAGUGCAUGGAAGCUGCCCAACCCGAGUACAACACCAGCUUAAUGAAGCUGGCGACCACAACGAAAAGCUGCCUGCGACAGUGAAAUGUUUCGGUAAUGGUUUUUGUGCUUGAAUGUGUUUGAAUGAAAUAAAGUUGAUUUACUGCACUUACAA